CCCCCGGCUCCGGCCCCGCCCCGGCACGGCACGGCGGGAUGCAGCAUCUCCAGCACCGGGACGGAUCCCUGCUGCAAUGAGGUUUGAGUCUUGACAUGAAGACAUUGACAAGAAGAUCUGCAGAGAGUGUGUGCUUCAGCCCUAAUUAACUGUGUUAGAAGCUAAGCUUGACUAAGGAUCAAAGUCAAGAGACAAAGAUGGCCAUCUGUUGGAAGAGCUGCUUCUUCACUCUUAUAUUGCUUCCCAUGGUUACAGCAACACAUUCUAACUGCAUAAUUAAAAAGGAGCAAGAAACCUGUCUGGAGAAAAUACGGAGGGCAGCUGCCUUGAACCCUCUUAAUGACUCUUCUCCAGGUUGCCCAGGAAUGUGGGACAACAUUACAUGCUGGAAACCUGCAAGUGUGGGUGAAAUUGUCUUUGUCAAGUGUCCUGCUCUGUUCAGAUUUAUCAUCUCUGAAGACGGUUGGGAAGUAGACAACUUGGGGCAAACUCAUGCAGGUGAUUAUGACCUGCUGGAAAGCACAGCCGAGACUCCCCUAGGGGACAUCAGCAGAAAUUGCACUGAAGAUGGCUGGUCUGAACCUUUUCCUCAUUAUUAUGAUGCCUGUGGCUUUGAUGAAAAUGAAACAGAGUCAGACAACCAGGAUUACUACUAUCUAUCCGUGAAGGCGCUGUACACAGUUGGAUACAGCACGUCCCUCGUUUCCCUCACCACUGCCAUGGUGAUCCUGUGUCGUUUCAGGAAGCUUCACUGCACUCGGAACUUUAUCCACAUGAACCUCUUUGUUUCAUUCAUCCUACGUGCAAUAUCAGUAUUCAUUAAAGAUGGAGUUCUUUAUGCUGAGCAAGAUGGCAACCACUGUUUUAUCUCCACUGUGGAAUGCAAAGCAGUGAUGGUGUUUUUUCAUUACUGUGUCAUGUCCAACUACUUCUGGCUUUUCAUUGAGGGGCUGUACCUUUUCACGUUAUUGGUAGAAACCUUCUUCCCAGAGAGGAGGUAUUUCUACUGGUACACCAUUAUUGGCUGGGGCACCCCGACAAUUUGUGUCACUGUCUGGGCAGUGCUGAGGCUUCACUUUGAUGACACUGGCUGCUGGGACAUGAAUGACAACACUGCCUUGUGGUGGGUGAUCAAGGGUCCCGUGGUUGGGUCAAUCAUGAUAAACUUUGUGCUUUUUAUUGGCAUCAUUGUGAUACUUGUGCAGAAACUCCAGUCACCUGACAUUGGAGGCAAUGAAUCCAGCAUUUAUUUCACCCUCCCUCUUCCUCCCAGAUGCAGCUGCAGUCCAUGCACAGGACACAUGCGCAGCUGCGUUCAGAAAUGCUACUGUAAGCCUAAGAGGGCUAACCAGCACUCUUGCAAGAUGUCAGAACUAUCAACCAUUACCCUGAGAUUGGCUCGCUCUACACUACUGCUUAUCCCCUUGUUUGGAAUUCACUACACCGUGUUUGCUUUUUCUCCGGAAAAUGUCAGUAAGCGGGAGAGACUAGUGUUUGAAUUGGGACUGGGAUCUUUCCAGGGUUUUGUUGUUGCUGUUCUCUAUUGUUUCUUGAACGGGGAGUUUCUCCCUAAAGGUGCAAUCAGAAAUAAAGAGAAAAUGGAGGAGCUGGAAAGUCAACCGGUAUUUUGCUGUGGAUUUCAAACAUCGUCAUCCUUCUCUAGCGAGCAGCGGAGUGAACGGGGGGACACAACUCUCCAUUCUGAGCAAGAGCAGCUCUCAGAUUCGGAUGUCCAGCAUAAAUGCGGAGAAUCUAGCGACAUGAGCAGCUAAGGAAAACAAAUCAAUCAACAAGCAAACCAAAAACCAUCACUUUAAAAAGAAAACAAAAAA